UCACCUCCUCCCACUUCCUUUGCCUCCUCGCACGCGCCGCCGUCAGCCCCACCCCGAUGCCUCGCUGGAGUCCGAGCUUGAUCUCGAGCGCUACCACGAUUUGCCGUCGCCGUCGGAGGAAGCAGAAGAAGAACAAGAACAAGGUAUAAAUUAUAUUUAAGGAAUUUCGUCUCCUGCUUCAUAUGAUUUGUAUAAGUUCUUACAGUUUGGGUUGCUUGGCGUUUUGAAUUGUUCAACUUUGUUUUAAAGCUAUGGUGAUGAUGAUUUUGUGCUGAGAAGUAGGUUUGAUAUUGAAGUAAUUACAUGUGUUUUAGCUACAUGAAGGCCUUGCCGCUCUGUUGCUUUGACUUAUGCUUAAUAAGAUUUGUCUAAAGGAACACUUUUUUCAUUCGAGAUGUUUUCGCUCGAUUGUAAUUGGUAGAAUGCAGCAACACUGUAGUAGGAACUUGUUCCAUGUAUACACAGAGAUUUAAGGCUAAAAAGAUGACCCCUGGUUAAUGCUAAUUGAAUUACUUUGUUUUUGGAUGAAGCUGAGUUAGAGGAAAUAAUAUUGAAGUUUAAUUAUAGGAAAUGUAGAUUGACUGUAAUCUUGCCCUUUGGGUUGGUUAUUAUGCAAAUAUUUGGAGUUUAGUUUAAGUUUGUUUAUGUGACGUGCAACACCUCAUAGUUGCUUGGAUCAUCAAUAUUUAAGAAGGUUGUCUCAUAGAGAAGAUUUAUUACAAAAUACAGAGGGCUGGUUCUUUAAUCCAAACCAUGGAAAACAUGGACCCUUCUGUACUUGGUAGUAUUCCCAUGUGCUCUUUUAAGGUAUAUCUUCAAUGGUCCUCUUGUUAUGUAUGGAAUUGGAGAUGACGGAGGGGAUCAAGCCUGUGAGAUGCGAGUUUCCUUUGUUGUUUCUAUCAGUGUUAUUCUUUUUGCAAUAUUUUUCCAGUUUGCAGGAUGGAAUGUAAUUUGCAACAGUUUCAUAUCUCAAAGACGCAAGUAAGAGUAUUCCUAUUUAACUUUUUGCCUCCACUUUUUAUGCCGAAUGGCUGAUGUGUAUCAAUGGCUUAACUGUUAUGUGAAAGUAAGAUUUUGAUUAUGAUUGUUUUUAUUUCCAGAUGCAGGUAAUGAUGCAGAUGUGCCGAACAGUGGUGGCUAUCACUCUGUUGCCUUUGCAUAUGGAAACCCGGUUGAAACAACCGAGCAGAAGAGUAAUGAUGCUGAGCCUGUUUUUCGUCCAGCCUUUCCGGUGCCAGAAAGUUUGAUUCAAAACCUUAUGAUAAUUGCUAAGGUGCAUGUCUUAUUCUAAGGCUUACCAUGUCUAAGUUUCAGAUGCUCGGAGCAGGCAUGCAGUUCUUGUUACCAAGGGUCUGUGCAGGUGGGAUUAGGAUGGUAGAAACUUAUUGAAUCUUUCUGCUUGUGAGCAAAUUGGAAGAAACAUGUCUUUGUAGAGUUAUAUUCUUUAUUCGUCAUGGUUAUCUUGGGGUUUAUCUUGAGGUCCAGAAGGUUUAACUUGGGGUUUUCUAUUAAUUGUUAUGAUACUUCAUUUGAGAUGAAACUGCGUUUACUGAAAAUUCUCAGUGUUCUGAAGGAUUUUUUUUUUCCCCUUUUCUGUUUUUCUUUUUCCAGCCUCCAACAGAAAAGAUACAUCAGAUCAUUGCAAGAACGGCUGUGUUUGUCGCCAAGCAUGGUGGACAGUCGGAAAUUGUUUUGAGGGUGAAACAGGGAGACAAUCCAAUGUUUGGGUUCUUGAUGCCUGACCAUCACCUUCAUGCAUACUUUAGGUUUCUUGUUGAUCACCAAGAACUACUGAAGCAGGAUACUCAUGGAGCUUCUGCACAGGAAGAGAAGAAAAACAGUGGUGGUCUUGAUCAGACAGGUGGAGCAUUGUCUUUGCUUGGUUCUGUAUAUGGGUCUGGAGAAGAUGAGGAUGAUACGACUGAGGAUGCAUCUGACUUGCAAAAACUGAACUCUCAAGAAGCUGUUGAUGCAAUGAGUGCAACUGUGCAUGGGUCAGAGCAGAAAGAAUCUACUGGAAAUGUAAACGGGAAAAAUGAUUUUGUUUCCAAGUUUCCCUGUCCUCCUUUGAAGGAAAAAGUUAAUCUCAUUAAACAUAAUCGUAUCACUAGCACAGUUAAAGGUGGAGCUACAAGUGGGAUGAAGAAAGAAAGUGAUGCCUCGGGAUCACUUUCCACUGCUGCCAAUAAGUCACAGGCUCCUGCUGUGCCUAGUGCAUCGAAGGUUGAACUACCCAUUUUGGAACCACCAUCUGAUCAAAGUAGAGUUGUGGAGAAAAUUGUUGAGUUCAUAUUAAAAAACGGCAGAGAGUUUGAAGCUAUUCUGGCCGAACAGAACUGUAAACAGGGAAGAUUUUUGUUCCUUCUGCCAUCUAAUCAAUAUCAUCCUUACUACUUGAAAGUUCUCCAAGAUGCUCAAGAGUCCAAAUUACAUGGCAAGCACUUAGUUUCUGAGAAGCAAGAAUCGGCUGGGCGUGAGGUGGACAAGAAAUCCACCAAGGGAAGUGAUGCCCUCUCCUCUGGAUCUGCUGGUCAUGAAAUACCGUUUGAUUAUGACAGGAAAGAAAAAUUUAAGAUGGUAAUCGGCAAGUCAAAGAAGGAUGGACAUGAUCUGCCUUCCAAAUCAAACCAGCCAGAAGUUGGAGUCAGUGUGGAUGCAGUCGCAGCUAUUCUUCAGGCUGCCACAAGAGGCAUUAAGAAUCCGGGUUUAGACAUAUUCCCAAAACCGUCUUCUAGUAGUGCUGGUCAAGGUUCUAGCAAUGAUGGUGGUCGAGAUUUGAGCUCAGGAAGUCAAAAGGCAUAUUGUUCUAGUGGCGUUGGUCAAGGUUCUAACAUUCCUGUUCCUGUUGCCAAGGCCAUUGCAGAGACGGCUGCUCUUGCAGCUGCAAGUGAGGCCGACUCCUCUGAAGCAUCUUUGACUAAAGAGCAGAAGCUAAAGGCUGAAAGAUUGAAACGAGCGAAGAUGUUUGCUGCCAUGAUAAAAGGUGGAUCUGCACCGUUGAAAACUGAGUCAUUACGUGGCAUAUCUGCUGAGCCACCAGAAUCUGGAGUUUCUUCAUCAGGUAAUGAGGUUUUAAAUCUUGCAACCAGAGAAAGAGAAGGGAGUUCAGCUCCAUUGGAAGUUGAUGUUUCAAAUAAGGUGGAAGAAUUUGACAAGAAAUUUUCUGUUGAUGAGUGUAAUGAGCGACGAUCAAAGAAGGCCUAUCGUACUCUAUCUAAAAGGGUUGAAGAAGAAGAAGAUGGUGAAGGUGACGGUGACGAAGAAAAAGAGAGCAAGGAAGAAGAUAAAAAGGGUCAGAAGCACUCUAAGAAGCGUCGGUCUCAUCAUUCUUCAGACAAUGGUAAGGACAGGCACAGACACAAAAGGCAUUCCUCUUCCAAGGAUAGAGAUUCUAGGCGCCAUCGUAAGCAUGAGAGUUCUGAUGAGAAGCAUCGGCACUCACGGAGUAAGCAUAAGAAGAAUAGCUCUGAUGAUGAACAUCAGCCUUCAAAAAGGCAUCGGCAUCAUAGCUCAUCUGAUGAUGAUCAUUGGCGUUCUGAACGCCAGCAUACUCAUAGUGAGCAUCGGACUUCUCGAAGUAGGCAUAAGCACAGUGACUCUUCUGAUGAUGAGCACCGGCAUUCUCGGUGUCGGCACAAUCGUGGUAGUUCGUCUGAGGAUGAGCACCGGCAUCGAAGGACAACUGUAAAGCAUAGGGAACCUGAAUCUGAAAAAGACAUGGAAUUAGAGGAAGGAGAGAUCAUUUUAAAGUCGGAUCAAUCAAUAGCUAGUGGGGGCGGUAUUGCUAGUAGAGAAGCUUCUGUGGAUAUUUCAAAAUCAGAUGAGGUUGGAAGAGCUCCAUCUCAGCCUUCAGGUGGCACUGUGGUUUCAGAUGAUCUUAGGGCCAAAAUUCGAGCCAUGUUGAUGGCAACGUUGUAAGAAGCAUGAAUUUGUUUUCCUUUGAUGUAAAAACAGUAAUCUAUCUGCGAAGAUAGAAUCAUGAACAUUAGUGUAAUUCUGAUUCUUUUUGAGUUAGGAUUUCACUUCAGUUUC